GUCACUUUUUGUUACUACAUGGUUUCUGUCUCUUAAAAAAAUUAUGGAGUCUCCUCAUGCAAUUCCAAAUAUUAUAUUUAUUUUGUUCAUUUGGUUUGCUUUUAUUAUAUAUGUUCAAGCUCAAUCACAAACUACGGUGACAAAGAAGAAGCCUUCGGCACUUUUUGUGUUUGGAGACUCGACGGUCGAUCCUGGAAAUAAUAACUAUAUUCGAACUCCUAUGAAAAGUAAUUUCCCACCUUAUGGGAGAGAUUUCAUCAACCAUAUUCCAACCGGAAGGUUUAGUAAUGGACGUCUUGUAACCGAUUUUAUAGCUUCAUACAUUGGUGUCAAAGACACUGUGCCAGCUUACUUGGAUCCAACACUUACGAUUCAAGACCUCAUGACCGGAGUAUCCUUUGCAUCCGCCGGAUCAGGAUUCGAUCCAUUGACCGCAACACUCUCAAGUGCAAUUAAAUUGGAACAACAAUUGGAAUACUUCAAAGAGUAUAAAUCAAAGAUGGAAAUGUUCAUUGGGAAGGAAGGUAUCGCGGAUUUAAUUAACAAGUCCGUGUUUAUGCUGAGUGCCGGAACAAAUGAUUAUAUCGUUAACUAUUAUGGCCUCGGAGAAUCAGUAACUGGUGUCUUGUAUCCGAAUGUCACGAGUUAUAAUAACUUUUUGUUACAAAAUAUCGAGCAGUUCAUCAAGGAACUUGCCAACGAAGGCGCUCGAAAGAUUGCCAUGGUUGGGCUACCUCCGAUGGGUUGUGUGCCUGGAGAAAUUACGCUUAAUGGAGAUGUGUCACGGCGCAAAUGUGUGGAGUCAAUGUGCUCUGUUGCAACAGAAUAUAACGUACUUCUUGAAAACAAAUUGAAGGGCAUGCAGAUUUCAGGAGUCAAACUUUAUUAUGCAGAUAUAUACAAACCAAUUCUUGACAUGAUCCAGUUUGGACAAAGCAAACUUGGUUUCGAUGACGUGAGUACCGGAUGUUGUGGAUCGGGAUACAUUGAAGCCGCGGUGUUAUGCAACAUGAACUCACCCGUAUGUGAUGAUGCAUCAAAGUAUGUUUUUUGGGACUCGGUUCAUCCAACCGAAAAAGCGUAUCAAUAUAUAUUUACCACUUUACGUCCGAUAGUUGAUAUGGUACUCAAUGACAACUAAUUAUUAUUGAAUUCUAAGAGGAUCACAAUCAUUAUAAAAGUGAUCGAUUUGAUAGAGUUUCAUUAUGAUCAAAUGUCCAACCCACUUUUCCAUUUAAAUCAAGAAUACAUUGUAUUUGAUCAACACCAUCAACAAAACGAUAUAUGUUAUAUAGUAACUUUGUUUCAUAUUAGGAAAUUUGGUUAAUCAAUCACUAUUAUUUGUAGCAUUUUGUAAUCAAGACCUAUCAAUUAUUUCAGUUUCUUGUAA